GCAACGAAUGUGUCGUUUCCACGUUUGCAUUGAAAUCGUAUUUCAUCUGCACACAUUUCUAGCAUUUGUAUAUAGUAGUUAUCAAAAUGCCUCCUAAAUUUGAUCCUAAUGAAAUUAAGAAAGUUUAUUUGCGAUGCGUUGGAGGUGAAGUGGGAGCAACUUCAUCUUUAGCUCCAAAAAUUGGUCCUCUUGGUUUGUCUCCAAAAAAAGUUGGUGAUGAUAUUGCUAAAGCUACCAGCGAUUGGAAAGGUUUAAAGAUUACGGUACAGCUAACAAUUCAGAACAGACAAGCUACAAUUACAGUAGUUCCAUCUGCUGCUUCUUUAAUUAUUAAAGCAUUGAAAGAACCUCCAAGGGAUCGUAAAAGGCAAAAAAAUAUUAAACAUAAUGGAAAUUUAUCAUUUGAUGACAUUGUUUCCAUUGCACGAUCAAUGAGGCCAAGAUCUAUGUCAAAGUAUCUUAGUGGUACUGUUAAAGAAAUAUUAGGAACUUGUCAAUCAGUUGGAUGUACAGUUGAAUAUAGACCACCACGUGAUCUCAUUGAUGACAUCAAUGGUGGAAGACUUCAAGUUACUGAUGAGUAAUGUGAUCUGUAAUAAGGCA